GCUGAGAAACCCUCAUAAUAAUUAAGUAAAUUCGUAAUACACAAAUCCCCUUCUAAUUUGUUCGCAGCUGAGGAGUUGAGGUACUCUGCCAUUUUCAAGCGCAUUAGUCCACUAUGAAAGUACAAACUACGGCGGCGGAAGCAGCGGCAUAACAAGUAACCACCGCCAUAUCAUUAUGCAGUUCAGCCGCUAACUUCUGAACCCUUUCUAACGGCUGUUUCCCGCCAUUUCCAAAAUUUGAAAAUUUCUUUGACAUGGUGCGCCAUUUCCAAAUUUCAAAAAUUUCAGAUAUUCUGCGCUCUUCGCAUCAUGUAAACCAGCUCAAACAAAUCCAUGCUGUGAUUAUUACCAAAUACCCUUUUCUCUCUCUUCCUUUUGUACAGAGGUUGCUUAACUUGACCCAUUUGAAUUAUGCACGCAAGGUGUUCGACGAAAUGCCUGAACCAGAUGAACGGUUGUACAAUAUGUUUAUCUCAGCGUAUUCUAAGAUUGGUUCUUAUAAGGAAACGGUGGGUAUGUUUUGUUUGAUGCGUCGUAAUGAUAUCCAUAUCACUAGUUACAGUGUUCCGCCGGUUUUGAAAUCGUGUUCUGCAUUCUUGAUGUCGGGGUUGGGGAAGCAAGUUCAUUCGUUGAUUAUUAAUUUCGGGCUCGAGCCGAAUUGUUUUGUUCAGACUGCUUUAAUGGAUUUGUAUGCUAGGUCUGGUGACUUGGUAUCAGCUAAAUUGGUUUUUGAUGACAUUUUGGAUAGAGAUGCUAUUGCUUAUAAUUGUUUGAUGUCUGGGUACUCAAAAUCUGGUGACGUUUUGGCUGCUCGGAGGUUGUUUGAUGAAAUGCCGGAGAGAAGUGUUGUUUCAUGGAAUACGAUGAUUUCCUGCUAUGCUCAUAGUGGUAAUCAUCACGAAGCUUUGAGAAUAUUUGAAAUGAUGCAAAAGGAAAAUUCUCAAGCUACUGAAUUUACUGUGGCGACUGUGCUCUCUAUUUGUAGUAACAUAGGUGAUUUAGAGUUGGGUUUGAGACUCAAGAAGUAUGUUGAUGAUAAUAAUAUGGUAUCUAAUAUGAUUGUGUCAACUGCAUUGAUGGAGAUGUUUGUAAAAUGUGGGGAUGUUCAUGAAGCACGGCAAGUGUUUGACCGCAUGAAUGAGAGGGAUACUAUUACGUGGGGUUCUAUGAUUGCUGGUUAUGCUCAAAAUGGGAAAGCAGUUGAGGCUUUGGAACUGUUCAAGUGCAUGACAAAUGAGAAAAUUAAGCCAAAUGACGUAACUCUAGUAAGCGUCUUAUCAGCUUGUGCUCAACUGGGUUCGGUAGAAACUGGUGAACAGAUUAAAAAGUAUAUAGAAACUGAAGGGUUUGACUCGAACAUCUAUGUUGCUUCGUCAUUGUUGUGCAUGUAUUCGAGGUGUGGAAGUAUAAAGAAGGCUUGGGAAGUGUUCGAUCAAAUGCAUGAGAAAGAUGUUGUAUCCUGGAACUCUAUGAUUACUGGGCUUGCUUUUAAUGGUUAUGCUAUGGAUGCUAUCACUCUUUUCAAAAGAAUGAUAAAAACCAACAUUAGACCAGAUGGUUCUACAUUUGGUUCACUACUAACAGCAUGCACCCAUGCUGGCCUAGUUGACUUGGGUCUUGAAUUCUUUCACAACAUGCACUCAAAGUAUGAUAUUGUCCCAGAAGUGGAGCAUUAUGCAUGCAUUGUUGACCUAUUUUGUAGAUAUGGAAGACUUAAUGAAGCUUAUGAGUUCAUAUGUCAGAUGAAGAAGCCAAAUGUUGUCAUUUGGGGCACUUUACUUAGUGCUUGCAGAAUUCAUUCAAAUAUCGAGUUUGCAGAGAUAGCCUUGACAAAGUUGGUAGAGCUGGAACCUGAAAAUUCAGGUAACUAUAUCCUCCUUUCGAACACAUAUGCCAAUACAGGCAGAUGGCAAGACACUUUAAGAGUAAGAAACAUGCUGAGAGAGAAAAAGGUGCAGAAAACUGCAGCAUAUAGUUGGAUCGAGCUAGAGGAUGGGAUACAUAGUUUUCUAGUUGCUGACUCAUUGCAUCCGAGAUGUAGAGAGAUCUAUGAUGUGGUUGUUGGCUUGGCUAUGUUUUCAUUUGACGAGACAGAUAACUAUUGUGAAUAUUAGCUUAUAUCAAACUUGGAGACUGCAGCACCCGUCAGCUAAGCUUGGUAGCCUGAAUGGAGAUUGAAGUCAUUGUACUACUCAAAUAUUGUAAGUUUGAUUUAUCUUUUAAUAUAUUUUUGAAUGAAAGAAAAUACGAGGUAGUGCUUUUUCCUUCCAGAAGUAUUGUUCUUUCUUUUA